AUGGCAACGAUUGCGGCCGGCUCUCCAGCUGCAGGACUUCCGAAUCCAGCCCUAAUACCUGCCACGAUUUCACAGGAUGCAGUAGAUACAGCGCGGAAGUUCGUAGCGGUUACUAUCGCCCUUAAUAUUAUAGCAGCUCUGUUAUUUGGAGGUCGGAUAUGGACUAGGACGUUCCCAGUGUUCCGGAUGGGUCCGGACGAUUAUCUGAUCCUACUUGCAUAUCCCCUCGUCCUCGUCGAUUCAAUCUUGCUGCUCGUUUCAGUCCCAUAUGGGUUCGGCGCCGACCUAGCGAACAUGACAAUGGUGGAUAUCGAGGAACAGCUCAAAUAUGUCACUGUGUCUCAGCCAAUAUGGGCGUGGUCCAUGUGUGUGAUCAAAUGCUCCGUGACCGCCAUGCUCCUGAGGCUCGAGAACGACAAAUUCUGGCGCCGGUUUCUGUGGGGCAUGAUAGGGGUUCAUAUCCUCUUGGCUGUCUACUGUACCAUUGCCUUGACGACGCAAUGCAUUCCCUUGAGCGGAUCCUGGGAUCUCCUCAAGCUCAAACCAGCAAAGUGUUGGAGCGCCGAGGCCGUCCGCGCCAGCAGUAUUGCCUCAUCGGCAGUCAACAUCGCAUCGGACAUCAUACUGGCUCUCAUGCCCAUCAACUUCCUCCGAAAGGUGCAACGGCCGAUGCGCGAGCGCGUCAUUAUUGGAAUGCUAAUGGGACUGGGCGUUUUCGCGGCAACCGCCUCUAUCGUGAAGGUCAGGGUAGCGGCAAACUGGGGGAUCGCAAAAGACAUGACCAACGAGGGGAUAAAGUUGUCCAUGUGGACCAUUCUCGAAGAGGUGGUCGGCUUGAUUGCAGCCUGCAUCCCGUGUCUCCGCUCGCUGUUCCAAAAGGUCCUCGUCAAUUUCGGCCUUGUUACCGAUUCGAAUAAGCCUUCCGGUCGCGGAUACGGACAGAUGUAUGGCGACAUGGGAACGUCGAGGACAAAGGGUACGAGGAGUGAUGUGAUGCAGGGGACCAAGUUGAAGACCCUGAGGAGUGAGGACGCGCACAGUGAGGAGAAUAUCCUUCAGCCAGGUACUGAUGCCGGCAAGAGUGGGGAGAUUUGGUGCACAACGGAGGUGAGGAUGCAGGAAGAGGUGGCGAGCUCGAGAUUGGACUUGCAGGCGGUGAAGGAUCAGGGGAACGCUCGCAGUUGGAGCGCUGCGAGUGAACAUUCGCACGAGGAUGGCGGAUGGCCCAGCAGUAAGCCGAGCAGGAAUGAUAUCGUGUAG